GAGGGAGCGCGAGCGGCCGUGAGGGAGGAGGAGGAGAAGGGGGGGGGGAGCGGCCCUGGCGGCCACGGGCGGCGGCGACAGCGGCGACAGCGGCAGCGGCGACACCGGCGGCGACAGCGCCACCGCGCCCACCCCGCGCAGCGCGGCCCGCCUUCCCCUUCGCUGCCGGGCGGCCCCGGCCCGCGGCGGCGGCGCUGACAGCCCGCCCGGAGCGCCGGGGGCGGCCGCGGCCACCAUGUCGUCCCCCAGCCCGGGCAAGAGGCGGAUGGACACCGACGUGGUCAAGCUGAUCGAGAGCAAACACGAGGUGACGAUCCUGGGAGGACUCAACGAGUUCGUCGUCAAGUUUUAUGGACCACAAGGAACUCCCUACGAGGGCGGAGUGUGGAAAGUCAGAGUGGACCUUCCCGAUAAAUAUCCCUUCAAAUCCCCAUCCAUAGGAUUCAUGAAUAAAAUUUUCCAUCCCAACAUCGACGAGGCGUCAGGAACUGUCUGUCUAGAUGUAAUCAAUCAAACCUGGACAGCUCUCUAUGAUCUCACCAACAUCUUCGAGUCGUUCCUGCCCCAGCUCCUGGCGUAUCCCAAUCCCAUCGAUCCGUUGAACGGAGACGCCGCUGCCAUGUACCUCCACCGACCAGAGGAGUACAAACAGAAAAUCAAAGAAUACAUCCAGAAAUAUGCAACAGAAGAAGCCCUGAAGGAGCAGGAGGAAGGCACCGGGGACAGCUCCUCCGAGAGCUCCAUGUCCGACUUCUCGGAAGACGAGGCCCAGGACAUGGAAUUGUAGUGGGAGGAGCAGGAAUGGGAGGAGCAGGAAGGAGGAGGAGGAGGAAUGAGGAGCCCCCGUGCUUUUCAGAGACACUCUUAAUUUCCUAACCAUGAGAAGCAGACUUAUAAUAUUCAUAUUUAAACCAGAAGAAAAAAAAAAAACAAAAAAAAAAA